AUGAAUUUGAAAAAAAAUGACGAUGACAAAUACAGCAUUUUGCUGCCAACGUAUAACGAACGUGAAAAUCUACCGAUCAUAGUUUGGCUAAUAAUAAAAUACAUGAGAGAAAGCAACUUAAAAUUUGAGAUCAUAAUAAUUGAUGAUGGAAGUCCUGAUGGCACACUUGAUGCUGCUAAAGAUCUGCAAAAGAUUUUUGGAGACAAGACAAUUGUCCUUAGGCCAAGAGAAAAAAAACUUGGUUUAGGUACAGCGUACAUGCAUGGCUUGAAGCAUGCUACUGGAGAGUUCAUUGUCAUCAUGGAUGCUGACUUAUCACAUCAUCCAAAAUUCAUUCCGGAGUUCAUAAAAAAACAGAAAGAAUCAGAUUAUGACAUUGUCUCAGGCACCAGAUAUGCUCGAGGUGGUGGAGUUUAUGGCUGGGACCUCAAAAGAAAAUUUAUCAGUCGCACAGCUAACUACAUCGUUCAAGUUCUUCUCAGACCCGGUGCCUCUGACUUGACAGGCAGUUUCAGGUUAUUAUACAAACGAGAUGUGCUGGAAAAGUUGAUAACUUCAUGUACAUCAAAAGGUUAUGUGUUUCAGAUGGAGAUGAUAGUUAGGGCCAGGCAGCUCUCACUCACUAUUGCAGAGGUUCCAAUAUCUUUUGUUGAUAGAAUGUAUGGAGAGUCUAAACUAGGAAGCAAUGAAAUCAUUCAGUACCUAAAGGGACUUUUAUACUUAUUUGCAACGACGUAA